AUGGCCGGCGCCAAGAGACUCGCUCAGCUGGCAAAGAGGGUGGAAGCGCUCGGGAGGAAGAGGCUCACCGCGGCGGCCAAGGAAGACCAAGGAUGCUGCACCUCCGCACCGGCCAAGGGCCACUGCGUCAUGUACACGGCCGACGGGAGGCGCUUCGAGGUCCCGCUGGUGUACCUCGGCACGGGGGUCUUGGGCGAGCUCCUGAGGAUGUCCCAGGAGGAGUUUGGCUUCGCAAGUGAUGGCAAGAUCACGCUGCCCUGUGACGCCGUAGUGAUGGAGUAUGUCAUGUGCUUGCUGAGGAGGAAUGCCUCUGCCGAGGUUGAGAAGGCGGUGCUGAGCUCUAUGGUGACGCCUUGCCACUACACUGGCCGUGUGAUGCCUGUUGUUGUUGGAGCCAGCAGUCAGAUUUGCUGUCUGUAG